CCGGUUCGAUGUUGAAUUCAGUUGAAAACUCGAUCUCAACGUAAACGCAUCAUCAAAGCUGAAGCAAAAUUAAGCAAGAGAGCUAAAACAAAAGUUGAAAAAAAAUAAAAAUAAUUUUUACAAAAUUUUAAAUCGCAAAAAUUGUGUAUUACAAAGAACCUAGAUUUUGAAAAACUGUUUUAAAGUGUGCGCUUAGAUAAAACCAAGAGCAGCCUUUAGCAUUUACUUUAAAGAAAAAUAUUUUACAAAGCAAAAAAUUUCAAUUCAAAAAAAAUGUGCUCACUUAAAGUGUUUCUGGUCUUUGUAGCUGUUGUAAUUUCUGUCAGUUGUAUAAGCAGCACCAGUGCAGCGAUAUUCACACAACCUGCUGCCUUCCAUCCUGCAUAUCGUGGCAAGUGCUUCGAUAAGAUCACCCGUCGUGCUAUGCUACCCAACAAGGAGUACAAACCGAAGGGCAUUUGUGCGGUUAUGACAUGCGACAUCCUCGCACAAACAAUCAACAUUGAAACCUGCCCGUACGUGGAGAUGCCCGGCUGUGAGGAGCUGCCUAGCGAUCCCAAAUGGUCGUUCCCCAAGUGUUGUCCGCAAUUCAAGUGCACAGACUUCAAGACCGGCAAGGAGUUCAUUGUGUCGGUGUAAAGGUCAGCAAUGUCACAGCAGCUGCAACAACAAAAUUAAAAACAAAAA